UGCUUUGUGUUGUGCAGCUUCUGAAGGCCACCUUAGCUUGCUAGAAAACAUGAUUUGCGAAUGUGGCGCAGACCCUAAAGGUGUGAACAAGCACGGCAAAAACUGUUUCCACUGUGCCGCAAGUAAUGGGAAAAUCGACAUCUUGGAGAAGCUUCUUCAGAUAGAUCUAGGUUUGCUUGAGACACGCACCCUAAUAUGUGAAGGUGACAUGCUUUAUCUUGUCCGAGGUAAGGAUAAAAACAAACCUGCAUGGCAUUACGUUCUCGUUAAAAGGCGACUUCACUCAACUUUCAUCUUAAAGACACAGGGAGGUUCCCUUGAUGUGGCCGACUAUGGGCGUGUACUGAAAUCUGGCUGGGGCCAAGACCCACCUGAAGAUACCAAGACCAAAAUUAAUGAGGAACACUCGACAAUACGGGAGGACGCCCAAAAGGACAUGUCAGCUUUACACUGCGCAGUAAUGGAAGAACAGCUAAUAGCAGUCCAAAAGCUCGUCGAACUUGGAGCGGAUGUGGAUGCCCGUGAUGCUUACAAGCUAACACCCCUUCAUCUCGCAUGCAUGAGAGGAAAUGUACCUAUCGUAAAAGAACUCUUGAAGGCCAAUGCCAACUUUCAAGUCUUUGACGAAGACAGGAAAAGUCCUUCCGACGUUGCUCGGGAUAACAACCACAAAGUGGUCGUAGAGUUGUUGGCCAAAAAAGAAAGUGCAGGUUUAGUUGAGAGGUUCAUCCUUGACCAACUGCAAACUCUGCAGGUCUUGUUGGAGAAGACAGAUGACGACAGCAUCUCAUCCGGGGAUUUUCAAAAGCAGCUGAUUAAUGAAGUCCAAACCCUGAAGGAUAAUGCCACGCUGUAUCUGAGCGAUCUGGCCCCCAAAGAGGUAGAUCCAGCAGAGGAAUCCGUGCAGCCCCUCUCUGUCGCUCCUCCCGAUAGUCCUGAAGCUGCCGCGUCUUCCACGGAAACUCCAGCUGCUGUCCCUGAUGGAGAAAGCGCUGAUAAUAAUAAUAUCACCAGUACCAGUGAAAACGAGAUCGAGGGAAAUGAGAAUGAUAGUAAUGUGAAUAGAAAUGAAAACGAGGUCUUGUCAGAGGAAGUCACCCCACCGCGUCCGAAUGACAGGUCGGACCGCAUCAUUGGGGAUUCUCUCCAGAGGCUACUUGAGACCUACCUUCAGCAGCAAUGAGAAGGAAAUUCCUACACUGUUUAAAAUCAUAUACUUUUCAACAAGGUCCAUUAAUACAAUAGCAGUCUAGAUUUCACUUUGUGUAAUCCGUCAGAUAUGUAAAGUUACAUCCAAAAUCUCAACUGACAAGGUAUUUAACAUAAG